CAUGAAAGGGCUUUACAAGAAGAUUUCCAGAGGACAUAAUAUUUUCAAAGAUCCUAUUAAGAAAGUUCAGUUGAAACACGAGACUAGAAAUAACUUAUUCAGUUAUCAAAGAAACAAAAGGUUAUUCAUAGUUGGAACGAUCUUGACUGUUGCUCCUAUCUUUUAUAUGAAACGCCCAGACCCCUGGAGAUUAGUUUCAAGAUUUACUGGGUGGUUCGCAUCUCUCAAUCUUCCUCAAUUUGUGCUUCUUCCGAUAUUGAAGAUGUAUAUCUCUGUAUACAAAAUCAACACAGAUGAAAUCUUGAUAGAAGACUUAAAGGAGUAUAAGUCUAUUAGCCAGUUUUUCAUCAGAAAACUUAAAGAAGGAGUCAGAACAAUUGACGAGCCAAACAACCCUAGUUCAAUAUGCUCACCUUGUGAUGGAACUGUCUUCAAUCUUGGAACUUGUGAAGAAAACACUCUUGUAAUUGUGAAAGGACAUACUUAUAAAGUAUCAGAGUUUUUGUUUGGUCAGAAUAAAUUUGAGAGAAAAGAUUUCUUGGAUAUUUUAGAUAAAAUAAAGAAAAGAGGGAAUGAAAUGAAAUACAUUCUUCUAUACCUAUCCCCUUCAGAUUACCAUAGAUACCACUCUCCCACUUCCUUCACCACUAGCUACAGAAGACAUAUUCCAGGAACUUUGUAUCCAGUUAUGCCUUCGUUCGUCAAAAAGAAGCCUGAAGUAUUCAAUGCCAAUGAGCGUGUUAUCCUUCUUGGAGAUUGGAUACAUGGUUUCUUCACUACAUCCUUCAUUGGAGCUACCAACGUUGGAUCGAUUGUCGUAAACUUCGACAAAGCUCUCAAGACAAACAAAAGUAUCACAGACUAUAAGUGUCAAGAUGAAAACUUUAUUGAAAUGACCGACUUCGAUGGAAUUUUCAAAAACAAUGUAAUCAUCAAGAAGAAUUCCUUAGGUAAAAAUGAAGAAGACGUCGUAAACAUUCUCCCUGAAUGAGAGAUGUUCGAUGUUAAAGAUAUGAUUGACACCAACGCUGGGCAGACAAAGUUUGUGUACAACGAAUCCCAAGAGAUGGACCUCAAAUACAACAUUAUCAACUCUUUCCAACCUGAAGAGGCUCAGGAGCAGUUUGAUGAAUACCAAAAAUAUUUGAGUGAGAAGUUAGAGAAGCCAGGUGAGUAUAUCCAGGCGUUUUCAAGAACCAACAAGGGAAUUAUGCUUAAAAAGGGUCAAGAGAUCGGAUACUUCAACAUGGGUUCCAGCAUCAUGUUGGUCUUUGAAGCUCCCAAGGGAAGUAAAUUCAGUGUCGAAGAGGGUCAAACUGUUAAAUUGGGCAAUACUUUGAUGAAAGUUGAAUAAUCUCUCAA